CUUCUUCAAGGAUGAGCCCUGCGAUGCACGGAUACGGGACACCACAGUUUGUUACCCUCGGGAUGUUUAUCAUCGAUGAGUUUUCUUUCCUCGAUGAUGACGGAAACCCGACGGGAAAAGAACUUUCUCCUCAGAUCGGCGGUGGUGGCACUUAUGCAGCUCUCGGGGCACGUAUAUGGCUCCCUCCGGAUAAGAUUGGAAUGAUAGUCGAUAGAGGUAAUGACUGGCCAUCUGACAUCCAAAAGGAGCUCGAUAAAUAUGGCCAUGAGAUGUGGAUGUAUCGCGAUCAACUUUCAACGCGUACCACCCGCGCUCUCAAUUCUUAUAUGGGCGAUCACCGAAGUUUUGACUAUCUUACCACACGUAUCCGUAUCACACCUCGAGAUCUUCGAGGAACGAGGCUGGCGCGGGCGCCUACUGUUCAUUUCGUGUGCUCUCCUUCCCGUGCACAAUCCAUCGUGUCUGAGAUUCACGAGGAACCCAAAUGGAAUCCGAUCACCAUUUGGGAGCCAAUUCCGGAUCGGUGCGUUCCAGAGGAGCUUCCAGCUCUAAUCAAGGUCCUGCCGCAAAUUUCUGUCUUGAGUCCAAAUGCAGAGGAGGCGCUUAUGGUGUUGUCUAUGCCGCUUCCACCGACUAAGACGUCCAUAGAGAAGGCCGCACAAAUGUUCCUAGACUUUGGGUUAGGAAACAAGGGUAGGGGCUCCGUGAUAAUCCGCAGUGGUGAACUUGGAGCCUAUGUGACCACAAGGUCUGGUGGUGGUAAAUGGAUCGACGCAUUCUGGGCAGAUCAGGAGAAAGUUGUGGACGUCACUGGUGCGGGAAACAGCUUUCUUGGCGGGUUAGGAGCUGGACUGUAUCUCGCUCAAGGAGAUGUAUAUCAAGCCACUCUCUAUGCAACCAUUUCAGCUGCCUUCGUUAUUGAACAGGAAGGCUUACCCGAGAUGUCUGAAAUAGCCGAUAGUGACGGUUCUACAAGGACUCUGUGGAACGGGGACUCGCCAGAACGGAGAUUACGUCUGCUGCAAGACAGAUAAAGAAGAAUAACUAUCCGAUUAUGUAUAUACAACUACUACAAAAUGCCGGUACAAAAUAAAAAUAAGCCGUGGUAGAAUUUGGAUACUAAUACACGCAGACAGGCGCUGCUCACU